CUCUCUCUCUCUUCAUUGGGAGUAAUUUGUGCCUGCAAGAAGAAUUCUGGCACAGUGUACACCUUUUUAAAGUUUGAAUUUUUCUUACUCCCCUUUCUCUCUCUGCAUUUUUUCAUCACUGCUUUCCAAAAGAAUAACAAGGAAUUGAAAAAAAAAAGGAAGUGCUUUUUUCCACUGAAAUUUCUUCGAGAAAAACACACACACACACACAAAGAAAGAGGGUUUCUAAAUUUUCAAGAAACUAAAUUAGAUGGAACACAACAAGGAGAAGAAUGCACAAUAUCUAUCGGUGCCGCAGUUUGGGGAUUGGGAUCAAAAGGGAGUAAUUCCCGAUUAUUCGAUGGAUUUCUCGAAAAUUCGGAAAGUUAGAAAAGAGAAUAGAAAAGACACAACGAGAGCCAGUCUUGGAAACGAAGAAGAGCUAAUCAAUUCAACCAAACGAAAAUCAAACAAUGCCCACAAUAACGAUCUUCACUAUCAACCAAACGAUUCUCCAACGGUGAGGAGGAGCAUAUUUAGCUACUUCAACUGCUGUGCCAAAGCCUGAAUGUUGGUUGGUGCAUGCGGCUUUGUAAUGUUACGUGUUCGAGUAUAUGUGAUUCAAAAUUAGGUAUUUAUCGAUAUCCAUUUGCUCGUUUACCGUCCGCUUGUUUGUUGAUAAUAAAUAGAAAGAAAAAGUUUAUGUGAUUUCUCAGACGUAUUGCUAGUUUCGUUUGUUUCGGCUUGUUUUGUCGAUAAUUAAUUGAAGCAUAUUGCAAAUUUUAUUGUUUUUGGCAUCUAAAUAUAGCUCUGGAUUGGCAAA